CGACGCUUUGUGUCUCUGCAAAACAACCAGGCAAAAUGAAAUAUGUUUCUCGUGAGGCAAAACCGAAGAGUGGGAAACGGAAACCAGAGAGUAGGGCGUUUGACACCUGACGACACACGCUCCCACACGCACGCUCCCCUCACAAGACUCCGACUACACUUCCUCUGUUUACUUCCUUCUAAAGCGCGACGAGCGCUGCUGGUCGUCAGACGGCGUGGACGCACGAUGGAGGGAACGUGUUGAACGUCUGACUCAGAUUACGAUUGAGCACAAGAAGUCACACAUCAAAAUGGAUUACAAAUAUCACGGUGGAAUUGAACUGCUCUUGGCUCACAUGAACAUAGAGGACAUCAUCAACGCUGCAGAAACUCUGUAUCAGCUUGAGGAGGAGGAGGGGGAGGAGGCAGGCUUGUCAUUCGAGGACGAAGGUCUCUCUCAGGAGGAAAUGGAUGAGAUUGAGGAGACGGGGGAUUCGGAGAAGGAGCAGGAAGAAUAUUCGGGUGCAGUUGGUGGUGUUCGGUACGGGACGGCGUCAGACCUCCUUUCCUUUGUCAACCUGCUCUCUAACAUGAAGGCGGCAGCGCUGCAGCACCUGCCUCAGGAGAUGGGAGUCCUGCUGAAUAAGGACAUGGUUGUGAAAAAAGGCCGUUACCAGAUCAACUUGGAUGUGCUCCUGUUUCCAUGGAAAUUAAUCUACAAGAAUCCUGGGACUGGCCUUGUGCCCAAGGGCUCAUUUGGGAAAGUCCACUUGGCUCAGGACAUCAAAACCAGGAAGAGAAUGGCUUGCAAACUGAUUCCCAUGGAGAACUUCAAAGCAGCUGAUGUGGAGUUCCAGGCCCGUUUCCAUCAUGAGAAUAUAGCCGAGCUCUACGGCGCCCUGUUCUGGGACCAGACUGUUCACCUGUUCAUGGAGGCUGGAGAGGGAGGCUCGGUCCUGGAAAAACUGGAGAGCUACGGCCCCAUGAGGGAGUUUGAGAUCAUCUGGGUGACUCAGCAAGUCCUGCGGGGUCUGGAAUAUCUACACUCUAACAAAGUCAUCCAUCACGACAUCAAACCCAGCAACAUCGUUCUGAUGUCAGACAAGGCAGUGCUGGUUGACUUUGGUCUAACUGUGCAGAUGACAGAAGACAUUUACAUUCCCAGAGACCUAAGAGGAACAGAGAUGUAUAUGAGUCCAGAGCUGGUUCUGUGUCGGGGACAUAGCACCAAGACGGACAUCUACAGCCUAGGCACCACCAUCAUCCACAUGCAGACUGGUAGCCCCCCUUGGGUCCGCAGAUACCCUCGCACCGCCUACCCGUCCUACCUCUACAUUAUUGACAAACAGGCACCCCCGCUGGAGGACAUACCGGAGGACUGCAGCUUGGCCAUGCGCUCUUUUCUGGAGCGGGCCCUGGAAAGGAACCCCGCUCUUCGGAGCUGUGCUUCUGAACUGCUGAAAGAUGAGGCCAUCAACCCGCCCAGAGAGGAACAGCCGCGCUGCUGGAGCCUCGACUCGGCCUUGGAGGAAGCUACGCAUACGAUGCUACGGCAACAGAGUCAGCGCCAUGACACCACGCAGGAAUCGUCUCUUUACUCCGAAGGUUCAGGCCAUGUGAGAAGAAAGGGCUCUUUGUACAUUGACCUGGGGGCCUUGUCAGGUUACAGUAAACUGGUGGCAGGUCCUCCCACCUCUGAAUAUGGCUAAUGUCUGUAAAGACUGACAAAUACUUCAGGCGGGGAAACAGCUGCAGGCGACAUCAUACAUAAACUGAAAGUACUGAGAGGACAUCGGUUAUGUGUAACGGAGGGAACCAACUCAACCUGAAACAAAAAACACUGCGGGACAGUGGUUGAAUGUCAGCCGUUGUGAAUAAGGGGGCAUUAAUAAUGUGUGAUGGUUGUACAGGCUUUAUUUCAGUGUGUUAGUAAACACUGUAAUAAACAUAUACUUUGUUCUCAUUAAGUAUUUCUUCCUAAUAAUGUAUACUCUCUGUUAACGUAUGUGUUCACUUUGUCAACAUGUAUAAUGUGUAGUUCAUUAUGAACUUCCUCUUGUUUAUUCCUGUGGAAUAUUAAUGGCAUCAUCGUGUUAUGCAAAUGGAGCUUCUGUAGAAUGCCUGUUAUCUGAUUUGUGCUCUGUACAUCCUCUGAGAUGACACACACACUGUGUUUGUACAACAACAACCCUUUAUUUCGUUUUCCUUGGUACCAAACAUAAAAAAAUACCAAGUAAUUUUAAAAUGAGUAUCAGUCAUGAUGUGGGGAAGAACAAUAAACUGAAAAGCCUA